UAUACGUAGGCAAUCCAUGUCAGCAGUUAACUGAGAUAAAUGGAUGAGUUUACCACUUUAGAGGGUUUUUCCACUAAAAUAUAAGAUUAGAUGGUUAUUUACAAGUGAAUUGAGAGUUAAGGGGUUUUUGCAGCCAAUUACUCAUUAAUUUUCCCUUUAAUAAUUUGGCCUUAUGCAAAAUGACAUGUCUCCAACAUUAAACGACAUCAAACCACAAUUGUAUGGUAUUUUUCAUUUUUCAUCUUUUUAUAAUUUGGCCAUGUGCAAAAACGACACGGUCUCAAACAUUAAACGACAUCGUUGGCUCGCGCCUUCCGAUUAACAUUUUUCUUGGAAGCUUUUCAUCGAACACCUGUUCUGCGGUGGCCGUAUCAAUGGAGAAGGCAGACACUGAAGCCCCCAUCACUUCUCACCCUUACAACCUUCUUCUCUCUUCUCCUGCCGGUCUUUCACCGUCUCAGCUUACGGUAGUCUUUGAUGAAGCGUACGACAGAGUUCCUCAUCCAGAUUCCAAUUUGGAGAAUUCCAUUUCUGAGAUAUGGAAUGAAAAAACUCAGAGAAACGCAUCAUUGUUCAAUGGAAGCAAAUUUCGGUAUGGAGGCCAUACACUGUGCAAUGCAGAUGGAUCCAUUCAAGAGUCUCAUGUACGCCUCCACCUGGGUUUGACAGAUUAUCGGACGUUUGUUGGGACAAACUUGAAUUCCUUGUGGGAAAGGUUCUUGGUUACAUCAGAAGAUGACUCUGUACGUUGUCGGCACACCUCAAGUCCACUAGGUAAUGGUGCCAUUAUUGAGACCUCUGACAAGAAGAUACUUGUGUUGAAACGAAGUAACAACGUUGGAGAAUUUCCUGGACACUUUGCUUUUCCCGGUGGCCAUCCAGAGCCUGAAGAAGUUGGAAUAGAAUGUCAUCAGCGUGAAAAGAAGUUAAUGGAUUCUGACAUUAUCAACAAGAAGGUUUCUCAGGAAAUGUUUGACAGCAUUAUUCGUGAAGUUGUUGAAGAAACUGGUGUACCUACGACAUCCCUGUGCAAGCCAGUUUUCAUUGGGAUAUCCCGCAGGGAGUUGAAUGUUAGACCAGCUGCAUUUUUCUUCAUCAAAUGCACUCUCGACUCGAAUGAAGUCAAAGAAUUGUAUUCUAGUGCUCAAGAUGGCUUUGAGUCAACUCAGCUCUAUACAGUCUCAAUGGUGGAAUUGGAGGAUAUGACAUCGAAAAUGCCCGGCUGCCAUCACGGUGGAUAUGCUCUUUAUAAGUUAAUGGUAGAAGCACAGAAGGGUUUCUGAAGAGCUGUAAGCAACACUUAGGCUGGCCCUAUGUUAAUUUGGGCCUUAGUCAAAAAUAAAAAUUGAGGCCCAGUGAAAAAGUAAGGUUAUUGAGAGUUGAACUCUCAACUUUUUAGUUGUUUAACUAAUUAAAUUACCACUAAGCUACAACACGUAUUUAAUAUUAAAAGUACUAUUAUUUAUUUUAUUACUAACUAUAAUUUUAAUUUUUUUUUCAAAAUGAGACCCUGAGCGGUGGGGGGUGGCCGCCUCUUUCAUCUUAGCUCAGGGCUGGCCCUGUACUGAGUUUCUGGAUAUGCCUUUAUUUUUAUGAAUAUGAACUUUGUAUGCACUAAUAAAUUACCCCUGUUUACACUGUAUGCUUACAAAUCUGGUUACAAAUAAAUAUCAUAAACUAAUUUUCAAAUUGUUAAAAA